AUGGCGCGGGAGCUGAGCCAGGAGGCUGUGCUGGACUUCCUCUGGGCGGCCGGGGGGCGAGCCCCCAACACGGCGCUGCUCCGCCACUUCCAGCGGUUCCUCCGCGACCCGGCGCUGACGGAGCAGCAGCGGCGGGAGCGCCGCGAGUACUUCAAGAGCCUCGUCAACUCCCUGGCCACCGUCCACCCCGCCGCCGCCCCCGGCGCCUCCAAGGACAUCGUCCUCCGCCGCAGGUACCGCGACCUCCUCGAUGAGGAGCUGCCGCCGCCGGAGGAACAGCGGGAGCAGGAGGAGAAAAAGAACGAGCCGCCGCCGCCGCCCCGACGCGACCCCGACGGGCGGCGCGGCCCCCGCGGGGAGGCGGCGGAGCAGGGGCGGCCCGGCGGGGCGGGGGGCUGCUCCGCCCGGGGCCGCGGCGGGCCGUGCUGCGAGUGCCGCCGGGCGCGCCGCGCUGCCGCCGCCGCCGCCGUCCCCGCGCCGGGCCCCGGGACACCGCCCACCCCCCGGCCGCCCCGCUCCCGCUCCCCGCCGCCCCCUCCGCAGCCGCCCCCGUACCGGACCCAGCCGCUGUCCUCGGGCCCCUGGGCGCUUCGCCCCGGCGGCACAGCGCGCCCCCGGCCCCCUGCGCAGCCGUCGGGUCCCGGGGCGCUGUCCUCGGCGGUGCCGCCCCGGUCCCGAUCGCCGCCGCUGCCUGCCGCCGGGCUGCCCUCUGCCACAGCGUCCCGGUCCCGGACGCCACCGCCGCCACCGGGCCCGGGGACGCCGCCUCCCUACAGGUUGCCUCAGCCCCGAUCUUUGCCGCAGCCCGCCCCUUCCCGAUCCUUGCCGCUGCUGUCCGCCCCGGAGGUGCUGCCCCUGUCCCGCUCCCUGCAGGCGCUCCCUGCCAGCCCCUCCUCAUCGCCAUUGCUUUUGUCAGGCCCCGAGGCGCUCGCUUCCACCAGGCUGCCCCCACCGCAGUCCAGGUCACCCCCAUCCCAGUCCUUGCUGCCAGCACAGGGCCCCGCAGUGUCCCAAGCCGCAGAGAGCCAGCUCCCAGCACCGCUGCCUGUUUUCCAGAGCAUCAGGCGCCAGCUCGCUUUGUCGGAGGCGCAGGGCACCCCCUCCUCAGCGCACGAUGACUGUGGGCGGCAGCCUCGCUCCGUGCUCGCCAAGAGCUCCCCCAGGAACGCCGCAAGCCGGGGGCCCCUGGUGCCGCUGGGACAGCGGGAGCACGCCUGGCUGGUGGCAAUGUCAGCAGGCUGCUGGGCUCAGGUGCGGGGGCUCUUUCUGGAAGAGCCUGAGUUGGCCCUGCAGAGGGACUUCAUAUCAGGCUUCACGGUCCUUCACUGGCUGGCCAAGCACGGCGACGGGCCGGGCCUGCAGGAGCUGGCAGCCGCGGCGCGGCAGCUCGGGCUGGCCCUGGACGUGGACGCGCGCUCGGGCUGCGGGUACACGCCGCUGCACCUGGCUGCCAUACACGGCCACCAGCUUGUCAUCAAGGUGCUGGUGCUGCAGCUGGGCUGCCAGGUGCAGGUGCGGGACGGCAGCGGGCGCCGGCCCUGGGAAUACCUGGGCAGCUCCACCUCGGGGGAGAUCUGGCAGCUCCUGGAGGCACCCCGCGGCACAAUCAUGUUCCCCACGCAGCCCCUGGCCCGCAGCGCGUCCUCUGUCAGCAAGGUCUCGCCGUCCGCCGGCAGGGCAGCGCUGCCCGCCUGCCUCAGGGUGCAGCUCGGCCGUGGGGCAGUGUCCCACCAAUCCGGCAGCGACAGCGACUGA